CUGCGGGCCCGGUCACGUGGGCUGGUGUUUACAGCUGAUGUCACAGCACAGACGACGUUUCGCUCGGUAGAGAAAAAAAAAAAUAAACAAACAACAAACACCAUCAAGGAAACGGCGUUAGUGGCUUCCGAAGGCAUAGACUCGUCCAAAAAGUCUGAAUGGUGUUCUCCCUCGUCGUGUAAACCAUGGCGAGCACGGUGUUCCCGGUGAAACUGAAGGUUAAUUUUAAAGGAGAGACGGCGACUUUACUCCUGGGCGAUGCGGAAAAGAGUUGGAAAGACAUCGAGGCCAUGGUGAAGAAGUCUUUUAAUUUGAGAAGUGUGCAAGUGAAAUACAUUGAUGAAGACAAUGAGGAGGUGUCAGUUAAUACAGAAGAAGAAUACAAGGAGGGCCUAAAGUGUGCUUCUAAACAAGGAAAUCAACUCAGUCUCAAUGUUUAUGCGCUUGAAGAAUUGGAACCCAGCACAUCAUUCCAGAGUGGAUCAGUAAAACCCACGUUCAAAGCAAAGGAGGAUGGAAAGAAUCCAGUCCAGCAUUAUACCAAAUUGGCUAAGAUGGCUGGCCAGGAGAUGUUGAGUAGAAAAGCUCAAGAGGAGAAAAUUAAGAAUGAAGUUAUCAAAAAAGACGGAGAUCAGAAGCCUCCUCAAUGGUUUAUUUCAUACAUGGAGCAGUUCAAGCAUCAAUUUGUAGAAGAAGCAGUGGAAACGAUUUCCCAGCAGCUCUGUGAAAAGCUCAACAUUCUGCUUCCACGGUCGGGUAUGUCUCCUGGGGUAGGAGUUCAAGUACCAGAAAUAAGUUCCACUUCAGGAAACCUGGGUGACGAGCUGACAGUCUGCAGUGCCUGCCAUGGAAGAAUUACAGGAAUGUGCUACCAGUGCAGUGUCUGCUCCUCGUUUGUUCUCUGCGAGUCCUGUGAGUUAUGGAGCUUUGACCAUGAUUCCAGCCACACUUUCAUAAAAGUUAAAAAGCCUGUCAUUUUUGGGACGACUGGACAUACUCAUGCGGCUGAAAAUAAAGUCGUGGGUUUUGGUGAACUGGCAAGGCCUCAAGCCCGUGUAGACAGAAUUUUUAGGAAAGCAGAAAAGCAGAGACUGAAAGCAGAGAAACGCCAGUUAAAGGCCGAAGUGAAGGAGAUCAAGAAGCAGCUGAAACUGGAGAGGAGAGGCCUUCAUUUGAGCACAGCAGCUGGGGUGGCCUGUGAGCCGCCCAUCCUCAAGUCAAGGGGAGCACCUGCUACCUCGCCAGUGAACUCGCAGCUGGCUUGCAGUCCUGUUAGGUCCAACUUUUCUGCCGUGUUUUUGGAUGAAAAUUUGCCUGAUGGGACUCACCUCCAGCCUGGCACGAAAUUUAUCAAACACUGGAGAAUGAAUAACACGGGCAAUGUGAGCUGGACAUCAGACACAAAGCUGAAAUUUAUGUGGGGCAAUUUGUCUCUGGCCUCAGUGGACAAAAAGGAAGUCUCCGUGCCGUUCCUUCAGCCUGGGCAAGUGGGUAUUGUGUCGGUGGUGUUUGUGGCUCCGAAUGUGGAAGGCACCUACACUUCUCACUGGCGCCUUGCUCACAAGGGGGAACAGUUUGGGCCCAGAGUCUGGUGCAGUAUUGUUGUGGAUCCUCAGCCAUCCGGACACAGUCCUGAGUUAAGUGAGAGUGCCCUCUUCAGUAGCCCGGGUCUGACGGGCCCUUCCACCAGUAAGGUAAGCAACUCUUCAGUAGAGGCAGAAAAAUUAGGUCACUGUGGUAGUGAAGAAAUCCCAUGCUCCCCUGCUCCUACUACAAAAAAGAAUAAGUCAGUGGAUUGUGAGAGAGAGUAUUAUAUUCCUUCAGUGGAUCUGCUGACAGCACAGGACCUUCUUUCCUUUGAACUCCUGGACAUCAACAUCGUCCAAGAGCUGGAGAGAGUACCACACAAUACCCCUGUUGACAUGACUCCAUGCAUGUCUCCACUGCCUCUUGAUGGUUCCCUUGUAGAGAAGCCAGGGCUGGGACAGAUCGAGGAGGAGACGGAGGGAGCUGGAUUCAAGGCUAUACUUGAAAAUAGUGGCAGUCACAACACUUCUGCUAUGGAAGACGGAGAAGACGACAUCAGCAGCACUCAGUUUGUUUGUGAAACCGUGAUACGCUCACUCACUUUGGAGGAGGCACCUGACCACAAGCCACCACGGAUAAGCAAGCCAAGCACUGUAAAGUCUUGUCUGAUAGGGCAAGAUCAGCUUUGCUCCAGAGAUGAUAAGUGUGAUGAAACCAUUGAAGUGGCUGAAGUCCCAUCAACUGAAAUGGAAGACGUUAAUGCCAGUGAAAUGACAUGGCCAGGACCCGAUGAAUCGGAAUCACGUUUGGAGAAUAUGUGCACAGAAGACUCAGUUAUGAUGGAUGAAAGGCAACAGCCUGAAGAAGACACCGAUGACGUGCAGAGCCAAGGCUCAUCAUCUUCAUCUGAGGAUUACAUUAUCAUCCUGCCCGAAUGCUUUGAUACAAGCCGCCCCAUAGGUGAAUCCAUGUACAGCUCUGCCCUUUCCCAGCCUGGAACAGAGAGGGGCAUUGAAAGUGACUCUGAUGCUGAGGAGUUGGAGGUCCAGACCCCUGAAGAAACAAAUGCCACUACCAUCCUGGGAAACUGUGUUAAUGACAUGCUGUGCACUUCACAGACACUGGACACCGUGCCAUUAACUCCUGAAGUUGUCUCUGUACCCCCUCCACGGAUGCAGUGUGAGGAAGUGUAUUUUAUAAAUCAAGAGUCUGUGAGACCGGAGUUAGCAGAGGAAUCUUCCUCUUCAGAUGUCCUAACUCAGCCCUCCCCUUCGGAUAUAAAGGAAGGCUCUGCCAGUGUUCAUCAGUACCAUGCAGAGUUCUCGGGACAUGGAGAUACCAGGCAAGAAUGGGACCAGCAAAACAGUGCCUCCAAGCACCACAGCCACAAUAAACACAAGGGGAUUGCAGGGGGUCUGGUAAAAGGUGCUCUGUCUGUUGCUGCCUCAGCUUACAAGGCUCUUUUUACGGGUCAGCAAAUUCCAGCUCAGCAGGCUGUGAACAGUCCAAGCCAGGACAGAGCCAUGAUGGCGGUGUUGUUAGAGAUGGGGUUUGGAGAUCGACACUUAAACCAGCGGCUUCUGAAGAAGCAUAAUUAUAACAUCAUGGAUGUAGUCAAUGAACUGGUUCAGAUGAGUGACGGUGACUGGUAUUCGAAUAGGUACUGACCCCACUGCAGAGCUGCUAACUCUUAAUCAGCUUGCCAUAUCCUACUAUACAGUAACUGGACUUAAUAUAAAGGACAUAAACAAUAGGAUAAAUAGCGGAGGCACUUUCUUGAAUUUGCAGAAGUACGUGUUUGUUAGCGUGAGUGUGUGUGUCUGUGUCUACCCCUCCUGAUAAUGUAUAACACCCCCCAAUACACCAACAGCGCACGGCACUUUGAGGCUAGAGGAGAAUCUGGGGACGACUUCUUAGAUGAGAGCGCGUCUCUGUCUUUACAGUGGGACUCACAUGCUGCUUUUAAUCGAUUUCUGCAGAUCCAGCCGAGCUUCUUUGAGGUUAACAUUCCAGCCCGCAUCAUCCUGCUGAGUGACCCGGUGGGCUGGUAAAGAGAUUGUCUUUUUUUUUUUGUUUGUCUUUCUGUCUCUGGGACACAGAAUUGUAGAAACCCAAUUGUUUGAAUCUGUUUUUUCAUAGACGCCCUGGGCCUUUUUUCUUUUUAAGCGAUAGCUCUAGAUAAAGUGACACGUUACUAUGCAUGUUUAAUUCAUCCUGGUACUCCGUCUCUUGUUGGGUACAUUACUUGACAGAUUCAAUUUGAAUAUAUAGAGUGCUAUUCAAGCAUAAUUGAUUAUUGCACAUUGGGAUCCAAAAUGUUAAAUUGGCCAGUCGGCAUUUUGCUGGGUGGAUCACUCAAGUAUUCGACACAUUCCGACUUUCUCAUUGGAGAGCUAAAAGCGGCGGAGCGCCAGGCGUGCAGCAUUCAGAAGCUUUAUUCACUGACGUCUGUGCGAGUGUCUGUGUUUGGAGACGGGGGUGUAUGUCGGGUCUUUCUUUCACGUCAGGAAGCCUGUUUUUGUGUCAUGUUAGGUUUUGGGCUUAACGUUCCUUCCCAGCACUCUUGUGCUUUCUGCCCCGUCAUUUGACCUCCUGUAGUUUGCUCCCCUGACUGUCCAUGUGCUGCCUUUCAGUAGUUCACUAAGUGAAUGUCAUUUCAUUCAAUGGCUGCACCUGUGGGUCUCCUUCUUUUAUUCAUUGCCCUUGAACUGGAAUUCUGUGUGUGUGUUUGGUUUCUCGUGUUACACUGGUAUGCGGGGAACACAGAAGUAGAAAACUGAUUGAUUUGCUUUUUUAACUUUUGAAGGUUAACAUCCAUUAUGGAAGGAUAAGAGCAUAUUAAAUGUCUCGCUAGACCUCGGCGUCCCCAAGUGCGCAGUCCUUGAAAGUGAAUGUGACUUUGAGCUCCUGAUUUUUCUUUUUCCUUUCUUUUCCUCGCCUGACUUCAGUCAUAACGUGGUGGUAACCAAAGCUUGCAGUGCAGCCUGUGAUGUUCGGGCCCCGUUUGUCUCUUCCCUUUUUUUUUUUUUUGUGUUCAAUUCAAAUAUUAGACAGAGGCGUCCCAUCACUUCUCAUGUCUCCAUACAGGGCCUGUCGUCUUCUUUGGGGCCCUCAAGCAGAUUUCUUCUUGUAGUUGAUGAACACGAGAAACUCAACUCUGCUUUUUAUUUUAUUUUUAAACCGCGUUUUCAUAGUUUGUCUCCUGCCUUGUGCCCUGUGUUGGCUGGGAUUGGCUCCAGCAGACCCCCGUGACCCUGUAGUUAGGAUAUAGCGGGCUGGAUAAUGGAUGGAUGGAUUUUUUUUAGACAGCAGACGUGCUUUGAUGACCGCAGGUUAACGUUACACGCCUAAGGAGAGCUUGUGGUGAGGUUGUCCCGUUGAUCCCACUUCAGUGCACACGCUGCGCCUCUCUUUUUUUUUUUUUUUUGCUGAUAAUCUUUGUGGUUUUGGGUAAAGGUGCAGCUGUGUUCCAUAUUUCCAGUUUUGAUUUCAUUUUCUCUGGGCCUGCAUGUGUUUUGAUUGUUUGUUUUCCUUUUUCCUUCCUGUAUUUUGUGGUUGAGUUAUGGCCCUUAUGUUUCCUAAAGGCACCCCAAACUGUUCGUGUUCGGAAACGUUUUACAUUCUGCUUGCUCGGAUUUGGUUAUGUUGACUUUAUAAUUUGGCUCUUUUGAACCUCUUAGCGUAUGCAUUAUGGUUCACCAGUCGACUGAACCAGGGACAACCCAGCUUUACCAACACUAGGGAAAUUGUCACCGUUCUACCAGAUAGAAAGACGAGCGUUUAUCAGCCUUGGUGGCUGUUGAUGACAGUAAACAGGGUGGCAUAACAGCCAUCCUGUAAACGAGGACGGGGACCGAAAACAUUUGGUUAGGAAAAGUACCAAUUCAUCCAAAAUUUCACUUCCUCUUGGUUACGUCAGUGUCCAUGUGUGUGAUAUACACGUUGGGAUGGGUGCGUGUGUGUGUGUUUGCUGUUUCAGGUCUGUCAUUUUUUAAUGGCAAUGUAUUCUCUCUCCUGAUAGGGAGGCCUAAGACGUUAAAUUUUGGGAUGCCUUUUUUUUUGUCAGUGAGCACAGAUUUCAACUUUGUUUCAUAUAAAGAUGCCGAGUGCUUGUUUUAGCAAUAUCUGUUUAGAAAUGUCUUCUUUUGCAUGGAAUAAUCAACAUAUUGCAUUAAAUAUGAAGCAUUUUCUUUGUAUGUUAUAUAGGAAAAGCACUUUAUAGAUACAACAAAUGUGAGAGAAGAAUGGUUGUUACUUAAAUGAUUUAAUAAAAAGUGAUUAUUUGAA